AUGGGCAGGUUGCAAGCCUCUAGUCCCGCUUUUGGACCGACGUGCAGGAUACAAGGAUGUCAUGAGUCAGUCCUAGCUCAGCAGAAACAGGGAGUCCAUCCCCUGAAUCCACCUGCGUCUCUGGGCAAGCACAAGGUCGCUUUUGCUUUAUUCGUCACUGAAGAAGUACUCAGCCCAAAGUCAGUUAAUGCGAUGAAGAACACGUACAAAAAGUGUUUAUCAAGUGACCAAGAUUGGGAAUUCAAAGGAGGGCCCAUCAACUUCGUUUUAGCAAGACUUGAAGGAUUUGGCUAUUUUCCGUUAAUGCAUGAUUAUGAACCGGAAACAGAUGUUGACUUGACACACUUGCUUGCAUACUUCAACAGAAACAAAACUGUAUUGAGUUCAAUACUGCCUGUUCUCACAAGGGAUGAGCAUUCUAUCUCGAAACUCAUAAUUACUUUCAAGAAGAGCGACGUAUAUUUGAUUGGGGAUUUUGGCGAGAUAGAUCACAAGAGGAUGGGUGAACUAAAGAAAAGCUUUAUGGAGCUGUUAUUUAAAAUGUCAUCUCGAAUCUGCAUCGAAGUACGUGACACAUGCAAUGACACUUCAAUCCGUCAGGGAAUAGGCGAGGUGCUGACUUUUAUGGAAAGGAUCAGCGGUCUUGCGCAACUGAACUUCUCCGAUGAGGGAAAACGGUAUCACUUAAGCGAGCUGGAUGUCAAUCUGUCGUCGGUUAAUUGGACCAAAUUCUUUAUUAUGACGACGCCCCCUGAUAUGCACAGUUACUUUCUUGCAGAUCCUUUGGUUGAGGUCCCAAGCAUGCGGUACACGAAAAGGAUAGACAAACUUCUGCAGAGAACACCUAAACGGGUUUUUACAAACUAUGUUAUUCUUCACUACAUUCUUUCAUGGAUACAAUACUUAGACGAUGAAUAUAGGCAACUGAUGGAGGAAUUUGUGAAGGAUGUUGGACUGGAGCAUUUCUCAGCGAAACAUGAUUUUUGUUACUUACUAGUGAGUAAGUGGUAUGAUGCAGCCGUGUUAUCAGUAUAUGGACAGCAUUUUGAUGGCAGAGAUACAGAAGAACUAGCAGAAAGGCUUGUUCGCGACGUCAUGGCCGCCUUUGAAGAAGGAAUAAAAGAAAAUAAAUGGAUGACGAACGAGCAGAAAAAGCUUGCGAUUUUAAAAGUCGAACGCAUGCGAGUGUACGCUGCUUAUGAUGACGUUCAUUUUAAUGACACCAAACUAGAUCAUCGUCACAAAAACCUUAUCGACCUUCAACAUCUAGGGUUCCUAGAUUUGGUGGAUAAGUACGAGUACAUGACAGGAGUCGCAAUUAUCAGAAAAUUGCUGGAUUACGAUCCCGCGGAAGAUUUUUCCCCGCACCUUAACAGCUUACUUCCAAGUCCAAAUGCCUUUUACGCUCCACUUAUCAAUAUGUUAGUUGUACCUGUUACAUGGCUCCAAGUACCCCUUUUCCACAGCGCUUAUCCAAUCUCAUACAAUUUCGGAUCAACCGCAUCCGUUAUUGGACAUGAGUUAAUGCAUGGAUUCGACGGCAGAGGGAUGCUUCUUGACGAAAACGGAAAGCCUAGAAAAUGGGAUGGAAACGACUGGUCGCUAGAAUUUAGAAAAAGAGCAACUUGCUUGGAGAAACUUUAUAACAGCUCUCUGGUGGAGCUGGAGUCGGUAUCAAAUGUGUUGCGCGCUUGGUCCGUGAACACUUGCGGUGCCCCGUCUCCACCGAACCUUUUAGUAGUACUUCUGUUCCGCUUCUGA